AUGACAAGAGGAAAUGGCAGUGACAUCACAGAAUUCUACCUUUUGGGAUUUGGUGUCCAACAAGAGUUUCACUAUGUCCUCCUCAUUGUAUUUCUUGUAAUCUACGUGUUGUCCAUGGUUGGUAAUUCUGGAAUGAUCCUACUCACCAACACAGACUCCAGACUUCAAACACCCAUGUACUUUUUCUUACAACAUUUGGCUUUUGUUGAUAUCUGUUACAUAUCUGCUAUCACUCCAAAGAUGCUGAAAAAUCUCAUAGUACAAAACAAAUCAAUAUCAUUCGGAGGAUGUAUGAUGCAAGUAUUGGUCUAUGCAACAUUUGCAACCAGUGAUUGUUACCUACUGGCAGCAAUGGCAGUGGACCGUUAUGUUGCCAUCUGUAAGCCUCUUCAAUAUCCCAUAGUCAUGUCUCGAAGAAUUUUCAUCCAGUUGGUAGCUGGCUCAUAUUUUGUGGGAUCAAUAAAUGCUUCUGUACACACAGGUUUUACAUUUUCACUCUCCUUCUGUAAGUUCAAAAUCAAUCACUUUUUCUGUGACCUUCCCAUUAUCACCCUUUCAUGUUCCAGCAUUGAUAUAAACAUUAUGCUAAUUUUGAUCUUUGUGGGAUUUAACUUGAUGUUCACUGUGUCAGUAGUUAUUGUCUCUUAUAUGUAUAUUAUGACCGCCAUUCUAAGGAUGUCUUCUACUGUUGAGAGAAAGAAAACCUUCUCCACAUGUGCUUCACACCUGACAACAGUCACCAUUUUCUAUGGAACCCUCUCUUACAUGUACUUACAGUCUCAUUCUGACAAUUCCCAGGAGACUAUGAAAGUGGCCUCUGUAUUUUAUGGUAUUGUGAUUCCCAUGUUAAAUCCUCUGAUUUACAGCUUGAGAAACAGGGAGGUAAAAAAUGCUGUAAAGGUCAUUGGGAAAAAAUUCUUUAGAUUUCAUCCAAAUUGUUAA